AUGGUGGAGCUGCAAAUUCGAAGCUUUCCACAUUACCGCACUGCGCGUCAGAUCGCAGUGGAUGAGCUCAUAGACAUCUCUGGUCUCGUGCUGAUCUGCAGGUACCAUUAUUCGGACAACUGCUUGCGACUGUUUCAUUUUCAAACAAUUUCUUUAGCUUUUGGAAAACAGAUCGCAGUCUACUCAAGACCUUCUACGACAAAUCAUAUACAAACAAUCAUCACCAUGCCUCGCCAAGUCGCCCCUCCUCCAAGCGGCGAGUUCAACAUCAAGCUCGUCAAGCCGUUCUCUGGUCCUGCUACUCACAGUGUCGAAGUGACUGGCGAACCAAACCGUCCGGCCGUUGUGAGGGUCUCCCGAUAUGACGGCGACAACAAGAGCUCAGAGAAGUCGGGUGAUGUGCCAAAGGACGAUGUCAACGAGCUGAUGAACCUGGUUAACCAGCUCCGUGGCUUCCCAUCGCACCCAUCCAAGGAUGUUUAUGGUUUCGAUACCAAGCUUGAAUUGAACACUUUCGAGAUCCAAUGGGCAAACGAGGAUGACGACGCAGCCGCUGGCGAUGUUGCGCAGGAGACCAAGGACGGCUUCAAGAGGAUCGCGGACAGCAUCGAUGCGCUUGGUCGCACUUUCGCUAAGCAGGACUCUGCAGUAUGA